AUGCAUGCGUUGGCUUGUGAAUACGGUGAUAUGCUUUCGAUUGUGAAGUGUUUUAAAAUGUCUUUCUUUCAAUUUGAUGGGGCGCCUUGCCUUCACCACAACAAUUAUGUGUUUUAUAAAGCUUUUAAAUAUAAAUACAGUGAUCUAAACAGAAUUCUAGCCAUUGGAGAUUUUUUUAUCUUAAAAAUAUUACAAGAAAUUUGUAUCGGUGAGAUUGAGCUGCUUUGGGAGGACAAGACAGCGAAUCAACUUUUAGCUAGUCUACGAUUAUAUUUUAGGCCUGAACAUACACCAGAAGGGAGACAAGAUGACACGGGAGAGGAUGAAGUUUUGGCUCUAGUUGACAGACUAGUUUUGAAACUUGAGGACCUUGUGCCAUUAAUUCAGCAUGAAGUUAAAUGGACAUAUGGCUGCUCCGUUGGGGGCUUUGACCAUGACAAGGUGUCCAAGGAUGGUGGCAGAAGUAUCAAAGACAGUGUGCACCACUACAACAGCCCUAAAUAUGGUUGUGAUAAAAUGUAUGAUGAGUGUAAGGGCAGGGCAGGUUGUGGAGACUUAAAGAAUGGAGUAGUCAAAGAAGAAAAUGGUCAAACUAAAAACUGUACAGUCUCUAUUGAAAAGUUGGACAAUACGGAUUUUGGCUCAGAUGAACGAACUGUUAGUGGAGCAGCCAAUCUAGCUGUGCUGAGUUAUCCAAAGUAUUGUCGAUACAGAGCCAUGAGAAAACGAUUAGAAGGUUGUGAGAAUGAAUGGUUACACCUGGCCAUUGUUGUAGCUAUUGGAGGCUUCUCUGGAAGAGCACCUUGCUGUAAAGUCAUGUUUUGUAAAGAAACAUUUUUGCAUUCUGAGUUAGAAACAUUGGACAUUAGAAUGGACCACCUGAUGCCUAUUUUGAAGAGUCGACCUAAAAACAAAAAAAGCAAAAAUGUAUCCAGAAAAGAUUCUCAGCAUGAUUCUGAUAGUAUGGAAGAAUACAUUGCCAAUGUCACACCAUCUAUAUCUUCAUCCACCAGACCAAGAAGAUCCACAGAAUCUUCUGAAAUCAGUGAAGAUAAAGUCAGCACUGAGGAGCAAGCAUUUCUUAUUGGUCUACACAAGUUCAUGCAUGAUGCCAAAAUGCCUAUUGGCAGAAUCCCAUCUCUGGGUUUCAAACAAAUUGAUCUGUUCUAUUUUUACAAGCAGGCUGAAAAACUUGGUGGUUAUGAUUUGAUUACUCACAAACGAAUGUGGAAACAUUUAUAUGACAAGUUAGGGGGCAACAUGAGCAAUACAAGUGCCGCCACUUGCACAAGAAAACAUUAUGAAAGAUUACUUUUGCCCUAUGAAAGACAUCUGCGCAAGGUGAAAUCAUUUAAAGCAAAGAAAAAACAAACACAACAGAAUGAUGGGGACAAUAAUACCUGUGAGACGAAAAAAAUGGACAGUAAAGUGUUAGAGAAAGAGAUUGUUGAGACCUCUGAGACUAAAGAUGUCAAGACUGAACUCAAGGAUGAGGAGAACAUUAGUCAAACUUGCGUCAAGGAGGAGAUAAAAAUAAUGACAACACAGGAAAAUGUAUCCAGUGAAUCAAAUGUUAAUCAAGAUAAUAUUGUGUCAAGCAUAGCACCUGAACAUUCCAAACUUGAUUUGCAGGGGGAAACAGAAGUUUUGGAAAUUCCAGUCAUUGGGCAUUGUAUUGGUGGUAACAGUGCAUUCCCUGCUUUAGAACUCAAUUCUUUGGAUGGUGCUAAGCUCCAGAAUCUCCAACAUCCACAUAUCGAUCAGCAACAGCAGCAGCAGCAUCAACAAGCGUCAAAAUCUUUGGGUGCGUCCCAAAGUACCACAUUGCCUGGAGAGAAUCCUUGCCUGAUUAAUGCGAAUUUGAUGCUGAGAGGGGGCUACCUGAUGCCUGUUAUAAAUCCUCACUUGCUACAGUCUCAGUGGGGAAUAAUGACACCUUCACCUUCAUCCUCCACUUCUGCUUCUUCCCCACAGAUGAAAAUAGAAACUGUUUUUUUCCCACAAGCAGCUAACACUGAUCCUACUGUAACACCCUCAUCCACUAAAUCUAAUCAAAAUCUCGGACCAGAUAACUUCUAUAAUGCUGGUGGGGGGAAAUUGUCCCAGUCACACCAGCAGCCCCCAAUCUCUGGCAGCAGUGUUGUAAAAACAGCCCAUUCAAACUCACCAUACAAACCAUCACCUUAUCUAUUAAAUGAUCACAUUCAGGCAAAACACAUUCCGAAAAAACUCAGCAGACUAUCACAUUAUGGCCCCAAUGAUCUUUUAGGGAACUCUAGUCAGAACUUAUCCCCAAUUCUUCAUCCUAAACCUCCUGGCCACAGAGCACAGAGUCAUCUUCCACCAGCCCCUUCCACGAUAUAUCUUCAUCCAACAUCAACAAAUCCCUUUUCACCAUUACAAUCACCCAUAACAAGUCCACCCCCAGUAGCCCAUAAAUAUCCUCGUAAGCGAGCCUAUCCAUUUGAAAAUCCAACAACCUCUUCAGGAGCAACUUUUCCCAGUCCAGAUAUGGUUUUAGAUCGUAUUAAAAACAGUACUAGUCUUCCUGGAGGCGCAGGUGUACAAGCACCCAUCAUUAAACAACAGUAUGAUGACCCACGGCUUAUAUUUGUGCAAGCACCACAGCCAGUGGCUCAAAGUCAGAGUACUUUACCACAUAGAAAACAGCCCAGUUCACAGCCAGUACCUAGCAGCAAACCUGAUCAUAGCAAACCAAAAAAUUCUAGAAAAACUCAACAACAAACUUAUUCUCACUAUGGCCCACUGCCACCUCUGGAACUUCAACAGCCUUACAUGCAGCAGAUACAACACUCCAAUAGCAAGGCAUCUGACCAAAUGAGGUCGCCUAAUAGUAUAAAUGGUUUGAUUCAGAACCAGCAGUCUACAAGCAAAUCAAUGCCUUCAACACAUCAAGGAAGCCCUGCUGCAUCAUCCAGUAAAGAGGGUCGCCUAACAUCAGCAUUAUUUGGAACACAAUUCACCGCAAUGCCUCGGACGACCAAAGCUUCGGAUCAUCCACCUCAGUCACCUCACAUGCCAGAUCCUACAAUAGCUAUGUCAAUGAACUCUCAUCUUCAUCCAGCAUUUAUGAACUUGUACAUGCCAACUGGAGCACAGGCUCCUGUGAGCAACAUAAAUCCACAACUUCAGCUUAUAGCCAAUGCCUAUAGAGCAACACCUGCUCAAAUGGCUGCUUAUGAAGAGUUGGUGCGACAGAAUGGAUACACUAAUUUUUUACCAGCAUCUCAACAACAGCUCAAAACUCAGAAAAAAAAUUAACUGUAGAAAGUCAUAAAAAUCCUAAAACUAACAGCUGAAUUGGUUUCUGUUGACCUUGCUGUGUGAAUACAAAUGUUCAAAGUGUAAUGAGCUGUCAUUGCCCCUCACUUAAAAGCUAUUUAACUUUGAGUCCUAUAAAAGAUCUGCGGAUCAUUGUGAUAUUUUUCUCAGUAUGAAACAAAGUGCCAUUGACAUGUGUAACUUAGUCAAACCUUUGUCAGUGCUAAGCCUAGAAAAACUAUUAGGAUGGAGACAGUGUUAAAGGUAAUCCUAUUAUUCUGUUUGUUACUGUAGUGAAGAUUGAAUUGGGUCUCUUAGUGUAUAUCACAUUAUUGGCAUUAGAUUGAAGUCAAGUAGAAUUAGCAUCAGAUGGCUGUCUUGUGGCAAGAAAUCCGGUGAUAUGAAUUGCAGCUCUGUUUCUUCUUACAUACAAUUCAUCACAGGAUAGUUCACUUUGUAUUAUACUGUAUAGUUAUGCUAUUUGUUUGUAAUUUAAAAUCAUAACCUCAUUACAUAUACACUUGAAUACUAAAAAAAAAAAAAGGUUUAUUUUUACUAUACUCUUUUGUUUGUUGUUGUAUAUGUCACUUACCUUACAUUCAGUAAGUGAACUAUUGACAUUUUGUCCUAUAUGAACAUUUAGUGUUACAUGGCAAAAGAAAAAAAAAAAAGGAAAUUAUAAAUUUCUUUCUAUGACCAAAAUGUUUCCCAUCAUUUUAUAUUUGUAUUGAAAAUUUGGUGUCAUCAAUGAAUGUCCUAUAAGUGCACUUUUGUCCUGCUACGUCUGCUUGUGAUGAUGGUUACGCAAAAAAAAUUGUUCCAUAUUUUUUUUUUUAAUAAAUUUAUGUCGAUCUUUUCAACUUCAAGUAAUCUCUAUUUAUUAGAUUUUUUAAAUUACUUGCUGUUUACAAAUAACUUAAUAAAUUUGGUUUUAGACUGGAACCUGACCAGGAUUUAACUAAUUCUACAUUUUGGCAGCAGUUAUGUCCUAGACCUAAUGUGAUGUCAAAUUGCAUUGCACCAUUGAAUGUUUUUUCCCUCAUAGGUAAGAGAAAAAUUUUCUACACAAAAUUGUGUCACUAAAUAUCAAGAGAUCUGUAAUAUCAUGCUCAGUUUCUGCUGCUUUCUGGGGUAAAUUAGGGAAUAGCUCCUAAAUAUGAAAAAUAUUAGUGAAAAUUGUUUAUUAGUUACAGAACUAUAGAAAUUGAACUUGGAACACUUUUAUAUGUUAUUUGUUCAAAUGUGAACAUUAGAGCAGCAAUGGCCAACAAAAUGAAUCAACUAUUGAAUUAACUGAACACGUCUCUAUAAACAUAAGCAUUGUUUGGAUAUACAAUUGUUUCAAUUAUACAUUAAAUCACUUUACAAAGCAGUGAAAUGUUGAACAUUAGAUAUACAUUCUAAAUGAAAGUAUUUUUAUAUAGUUUAAGAUUUGAGUAAUCAGCUUGUCUAUUUAAUUGAUGAUUUGCCAUUAAUGGUAUCUGGUGUCAUGUACAUUUAAAUAGUAGGGGGCAAUGUACACAUUUUGUGACAGCAACAGUCUAGUAAAAUAGAAUAUUGACAUUUUGUUAGUCUUGUAACAUACAGGAGAUUCAGUUGUUAACAUUUGUCAAACCUGUUUGUGAUUAAAGUUCACAUUUAGUCUGUAAAUAUUGUCUUCAUCUAAUUUAUGAAAAUGUUUCAUUUUUAAAUUAUUUGAUGAUUGAUUGAAAGAAUUGUUUUUCACAAAUCUCACUUGCUGUCAAGUACAACAUCCAAAUCUUCUUUCAUAGAGAUAGAUUUGCAAAAACAUAACUAACUUAACUAAAAUAUCAGGAGUAAAACAUUAUGUAGACCUGAAUCAUGUUCCAUCAGGAUUAACACAUUUGGUUUCCUAGGUGUUCUGGUACCCGGUAUAUAGUAGUAUUAAUGUAAAAAAAAAAUUAAUUCCUGACGUUGCAUAAUUGUUAUUGUAUUUUAGACUAAGUUCAAAAUAGGCAGCAAGUUUUGUUACAAUGUGCACAUUUGUCAAUAAGCAUAUACUGAAUUAUAGUAGUGUCAAUCUUAAAACAAUUUCUGAUUCCUAGACUGAACAACAACUGACCAUUAGUUUCACAUUCACCUUUUUAUUAUGUAUAUUAGAUAACUAUAAAGUAUUUAUGACUCUUUUGCCUACAUAUAUAAUACAUAAUUAUUAGGUCAGGUGUAUUUAUUUAAUAAUGUUAACAUAACAUUUACUAAAUCUGCUAAAAUUAACUAAGUUCCUUAACUGCCAAAAAUUUCAAUUGAAAAAUAUGAAAGUGCUGUGUUGGGUUAUCUCCCUGAUGUCCAUAACAUAAUUUUUGUCAAUCCUCUUAACAUUUAAAAACUAUCCAAAACAUAAUGCAUUCAUUGCUCUCUCUCUAAUUGUGAUCAGGUUUAUCUAAAACAAAAAUACUAUUAAAUUAAAAACAUUUGAAUGGCCCUGUUCACAGACGUGGAGAUGAAGAAAAAAAAAGGUAAUUUUUGUUUGGCAUUCAUUGUUAUUGAAUUGUCUGUUUGUAUUAAACCUGAACAUUGUUAAUUCUCUUGAUUCUAUGAUGUUUGAUUUAUCUUUGAAGGAGUAAUGUGUGUGUCUUAGGGAUGAUAUCAUCAAUCAUUCUAUUAUUAUCUUGAAUAAAAUAUGUUGUAAAUAAUUGUAGUUUCACCUACAUCUUUGCCUUACUAUGUAAUUGAUUGUUUGCAUAUAAUGAAAUGACUUUGACAUUUGUAUUGCUCUUUGUUUCCUCUUUAGACUUCUCUGUUCUGUAUAUUUUGGUUCACAGUUAAACUUUGAUUUUGUUUUGGGGCUUAUUUGUACACUAUGGUAAAAUAAAUAAAUAAUAAACCCCUUAAGAUCAUUUAAAAUGCUAGUACAAUUAAUAGAACAAUCUGGAAGCUAGGCUCAAGUUAUCAAGGUCAAACUGAAACUUGUGCAUGUUAAUACAUACAAUUUGAUUUUAGGAAAGCUGAACAGUUCAACAUUUACAAUAAAUGUUCAAACUGUAAUUUGAAUGGUUGCUUUUUAAAAAAGUGAUUUUGUUACUUUAUUGAAUGCAACUCAACUUUUUUUGUUGGACUAGAUAAAAAAAAACAUUGAAAGGAUGUUAUUUAACUACAACGGAAAGAAAAAAAAUGAAGGCUUUUAAAAUGUGUCAGUUUUGAAGGCUUAAGAAUGAAUUUUGCUGUUGAGUUUUUAUUUCUUUUGACUGUAGAAUUUCAUUUUCUCUAUUCUUCUCAACUUGUAAAGUUGUACAUUCUGUUUGUUUCAGGUCCUACUAACCUUACAUUGCAUAUUGUAUGUUGAAAAGGUGUUGUUGAACUUGAAAGAGUUUUGUUUUUCCCCAUUCUUUUUUACUUUAUAAUCAUACAUACCUAAAUCAAUCAAUAUACACUAUUGUUUGAAAGAUUGUCAAUCAGCUGUACAUACAAUCUACCACUCAGGAAUACAUUGUAUCUUUAAUUCUCUAACCUACAGAUUUUACAAAUAAAAUAUCAAAUAAUAUUGUAGACAAAGUGUCGUGCAUUGUAUUUAAAACUUAGUGUCCUUUUCUUGUGUUGUAACAUUUAAAUUUAAAAAAUAUGUUAUUUGAAUUCAAAGGUUUUAGCAAUUUUUGUAUUUAGUCAGGUUAGCAAACAAUAAUAAUAAUCUUACACUACAGGUAUAGAAUUAUAGAUCUAGCAUUCAAGAAACAUGUUUGUAAGUUUGUUGUUGUCAGUUCUAAUAAUCUCAAAAUCUGGUGAUGUUUCAGUUUCUGAUACUUUGAAUACUUUACUUGAUUAAUUUUUUUUACUAAUACUAGGCACAUACAAAUCUUUUGCUAUCACUAACAGGCAGAUUUGUGGGUGGAAAGACUCUCUAGUCAUUAAGUCUGCUGGUCUGCUAAUUAAGUCUGCUAAUGAAGCCCCUAAUAAUCUUGUUUAGGAGAUAGGAACCUUAACGUUCAUGGCUAUUGGAGAUUUUCAUACUUCAGGGUUAUUCACAGUAAUCUGCUUUUUAUUUGCACUUUAAUUUUUAAUUUGAUUCUAAGGUGCCAAAAAUUAAUCCAUGGUCUUGAAAGUGUAUAGUUUUUCAAUACUUAUAUAUUCAAUAUAGGACAUACAUCAAUAAGCUUGCUAUAUAUGGAUUAGUCCCCAAUCGAUGAAAUGAUCCAAUGCUUAAUGCUUGACUGGGUAGAGAGAAGAGAUGCUGAGGUAAAAUUGUGACUGGGUAGAGAGAAGAGAUGCUGAGGUAAAAUUGUAUGUAAGUUGGGGUGAGAAUAAAUUACUCAAAUACUGUGUGUCGCUGGUAGAUGGAAAAAAGUAAAAUACCCCUUUCAGACCUUGUGAUCUGUAGGGCAGAUGAUGUAAAGGUCAUCUGUUUCUAUGGUUCUGUGUCCUGUGGUCAGCACAACAACCAACCACCUUUACUUUCCCCAACUAAUGUCAGGUAUCCAUUAGAGCUGGAUGCCCUAAAGAUCCUGAAAGUAAAAAUCCCAGUCUUCACCAGAAUUUGAACCCUGGACUUAAAGCUAGUGAAUAAUAAAGUGCAUAUGAAGAAGUUAAAUAGAUAAUGUAGAAUUCUUAAUCAUUUUUGAUUAUAAUCCUUUUUCAUUUAAAAUAAGAUUUAAUUUAGCAUUCUUCUAAAAUUCUCUCAGAAAUUCAUAAUAGUCCUAACCUCCAUAGUCUAGGACUAGCCUGAAAUCUAUAUAUAAUAUAUAUCUAUGAUCCUGGAAUGACACCAUAAUAAUCCUUGCAUGCUUAGGGGUGACCUAGGCAGCAGGUGACCCUGAUUUGAUCUAAACAAACAAAGCUGCAUUGUGCAUGUUAUUGUAUUGUAGGAGGUGAACUUACAUAAACAUUUGUGUAGUAAAGACUUGUAGAAACUUGUGUAGUCAAUACAAUGACUAUCAGGCUAGAUUUGGCUAAUGUUGAAAAUCAAGGGAACAUAAUUCAUGCUGCAUGAUCCAAAAUCAAAACUAAACUUUCAGUUUACCACCAAGUAUUCUACAAUGUCUUUCAGUUGAUGGUCAAAUACUUAUCAGUUUAAAAGCCAGUCACUCUCACCUCCAAACAACUGUCUCUUACUAGCCAAAAUUUCUGUGAUGCAUUUUCUUGUUAUAAUACAAGAUAAUUAAGGUAAUCAAAAACAUAAAAUUGUAAAUAUAUAAUAAGAUAUUUUAUUACAAUUGACAAUAGACAUCAAUUUAAAAUUAGUUUUUAUAAGGAAGAUAUUUUUUAACACAUUUUUAGCAAAAACUAAGGACUUAAGUAUCUAUUAUACUUUCAAAGGUAGUGCUUUGUAAGAGUUACAAGCCCCUGUCAACAAUUAUUAGAGAAAUGGUACAUUACUAGAUAGCACAGCCAGGAUUAGAAUAAAAUUAAUUAUAACUUACUAACUACAUGUGCAAUUGUAAUAAAUUAAAAUACACACACACACAAUAGAUAAACUUUUAUAGUUAUCCUCACUUUUCAAUGCCAGGGAGAAAUUUAAAAUCAAAUAUAAAAAAAAUUUAAAAAUGUAAUAAAUACAUUAGCUUUGCAUACUGGAAUGAAUAAAUUUCACCUUUUCAGAUGAACAUGACAUAUGCAAAUUUUAUUAUUAUUAUUUUUAAAAAUUCAAGUCAGGAAUGUGUCUAAUGUAAUAAUUAUUAUAAUAAACAAUUUUCUACCUUGUUUUUAGGAUUUUCAUGAUAAUGUUAGUGUCAUGUUUUACAUGUAGAUUAUUCAACUUUUUAUUACAUACUGAAAUUUCUCAAAUAAUUAAUUUAAAUUAUUUAAAGCAAUAAUUUAUAAGAACACCAAAUAAAUUAAAAAAAAAACUACUUUUUAAAAGAAAAUCUCUAGUGAUAGAAUAAGUAGCAACCUACAGUAUUCAAUGACUUUGCUGAUUAAUUAUUCCUCAAAUUGAAUUUUCUCAGCUUUACAAAUUAGUGUGGAUGGCCUCUAUUAAUUUUAACUUGAUCAGAGAAUGGAUGUGGGAGAAAUAAUGUGUUAAAACUUUUUACCAGACAGACAGAGUGGAUAUAGUUCUCUUAUUAGGAAAUUUUAGUAACCAGAAAUUACAAAUCACUGUUGAGGGAAAUGUAAAAACAUCUUUUGCAGCCCUUUUGACAAUCUGCCUGGAAAUGCGGUAUGCAUGCUGGACUGUCAAAAAUGUGUCUUCCAUGUUUACCUUAUUUAGAAAGCAUCUAAGACUUCUUGAACAAUAUCACCAAAGGUGAUUACACUUCAUUAUGGGCAUUCUUUGGCAAGACUAUAUACUACACAAAUAUACUAUAUACUACACAAAUAUACUACAAAAAAAAUGAGAACGAUCACAUAGAUAGUAUAAAGGUAGUACUACGUGUUAACAACUGUGCUGGGUAGGGCACUUAUGUUUUACAACAGACAACAAUAUGCCAAAGAAAAUAUUUUUUUUGUGAGCUUAAAAAAAUGAUGGUAUAACAGGUGCCUGCAGUAAAUGGUUUAAUGACCAUCUAAAAUGUAAGCAAGCCCUGGCAGAAAAUGGUUUCCAAAAGAGACACAUCUAUAACCUUAAAACUAUCAUGAAAUGAAGUUGAGAUCCAAAGGAAAGCUACUGUCAAAGAAGAGAAAAGAGAACUCUUAAAAUCAACCAUAAUAGAAAAUAGCUUUGCAAUAGAUGAGACAAACUAAGUAGGUCACAGCUGGGUCUGUGUAUCCAUGUGAUUUACUAAGAAAUUACAUUUCAAUAUUAAAGAGUUUAAUUUUUUUUAUUGUGUUAACUUUAGUAAAUCGUCCCCCCCCCC